GCGAGGCUGCCUCUGCACGGGAAGACAGGACCAGGGAGAGUUCCAGAAGGAGUAUCACCUAGCCUACUCCCACUUCACUGCUGCUAGGAUGAGCUGCCAGGCCAGGCUGUGGGCCUCGCUCUUGGUCGCCGUGGUCCUGUGUCUUCAUGGGGCCCUGUCGCAGGAAGCCAAGCCUGCUGGGACCCAGAAGCCCUUCGUGGAGGGCCUGCGCAGACUUGAGGAGAAAGUGCUGAAGUUCCGCAGACUGCAGGAGUCCGCCAUCUCCCGCCUGCAAAAUGUCAGCCGCCUCCGAAACCAGUCCUCCAGCCCCGACCCUCGUCUCCACAGCCUGAUCCAGGAGGGCCAGGCCCUGGUUCAUGCUCUCAGCCAGUCGCAGACCACCCUGCACAGCCUCCUGGAGUCCCACCAGAGUCGGCAGGGAGCCCAGGAGCCCCAGAAGGCCACUGUCUCCACUCUGGCCCUGGAGGUGCGGGCCCUGCUCGACACACUUUGGGGCCUGACGCGCCUGGCCCACAGCCUGGAGGCCAGGGUGAAUGCACUCCAGGGCCAGCACCAGGGGCCAGGCCCUUGCAUUCCAGGCCUGGGGACUGCCCCGACCCCCCACUCAGCCUAGGCUGCCAAGCCCUGGGGAAACCCAACCCAAGCCCCCUGGAAAUCCAGGCCAGAGGUGGGGGGUCAGGAGCUUCCUACAGAUAAAGAGAUGAGCCCCCACUUCCAGUCCUGGUCUUUCUUCUUAAGAGUCAUGGG